AUGGCUCUCGUGGAGAUAUUCCUCCUGCGUAUCUCCCAUCCGGAAUCGAGAGGAAACGGGCCUCAACAAGAACCACCUUUCUAUCUCCGCCACAUCUAUACUCGGAACCAUCCGAAGAGCCGGGUUUUGGUGGUGUUCGGGAUCGGCUCCCUUGUCGUGGCCUCCGAAGUGACCACUGUGGUGAACUACGCCGACGGUCCGGGUGUUAUGAGUGAGUGCGGAGACCGGACAAGUCUUACCCGUCUCCCGCACGCACAGCUAAUAGUUCGCUAUGCAUCAACCAUCUCUAAAUGUCUACGACGCAUGUGGGAUUCUCUGAGGUUGAGUUUCUGCAUCUCUCGGCACCAACGGCGGGAGAACUUGGGGAUGCAUCCCUACUUAGCGAUCAACCAAAUAUGUCGACCAUCCAGAUUCAUGAAGGAGUAGAAAGCUGAAACCCCACACCUCGAUAAGUAGUACGAUAGCGUCGUACUCUCAACCCCACCCCACCCCCUGUUGAAAGUGGACUCACAUGUGAAAACGAUUUAGUCUCUACGGGGCGGCCGGCCCAUCGAUGCUUCUCACUUAGGUCCAACAGGCAUGCCACACGAGAUUGAAGGCGAUUUUGUCGAUUGCCGCGGUCGUUCACUUUUGCCUCCACAACCCGAGAAUCCCACUGCUGUAUCUCGACCUACAAGACUCCAAUC